AUGACAGAUUCUUUCACGAAUAACGAGUUUCCUAUCAGAAAUAAAUGGAAUACUGGCGGAUAUUCUGCCGAAUCUUUAUGGUGGCAUGCCGACGAGAAGGUCAAGGAGAACUCUGGUGAAAACGUUGUUUUCUUGAUGGUCCCAGGUAAUCCAGGUGUUAUCGAUUACUACAUUUCUUUUCUGAUGACCAUUCACGAAGAACACGAAAGAAAAAUUGAUGUUAUUGGAGUUUCCAAUAUCGGUCAUUCGCACGAACCACAAGACAAAAACUCGGAUACCUUAUAUUCGUUGCAAGAUCAAAUUGAUCAUAAGAUUCAAUGUUUCGAUGAGUUACGCGAGAAAUUCACAAGAAACAGCCUUCCGCCUAAAGUUAUUUUGUGUGGUCAUUCUAUAGGCGCCUACAUAUGUUCACAGGUAUUGAAAGCGCGUCCAAAUCAUGGAAUCAUCAAUAUAUACUCGUUAUUUCCUACACUACAACAUAUGAGAAAAACUCCCAAUGGUGUUAUGCUAAAUUUCCUCUUUGGAGAAAGUCAAAGAAACCUUGCGAGUUCCUUUAUUCAAUCAAUCCGUUAUCUUUUGGCCCCCAGAAUUUUUAAAUUCGUAGUAAAAUUAUGCACCUUUCAAUCAGAACCGCAACUAUCAGUCACCACCGAGAAGCUACUUCAUGGUCCAAUAGUUAAAAAUGCUCUCUACAUGGCUAACACCGAGAUGGAAACUGUAAAAGAACUGGACGAAGAAAUAUAUAGACAACACCUUGAAAAAUUUGUCUUUUACUUCGCGGCCGGUGACAAUUGGGCUCCUUUAAGUCAUUAUAAUGAUAUGUUAAAGAGAUUCCCUGAUGGAAACAUCAUAUUAUGCGAUCAAGGGCUUCCUCAUGCUUUUGUAAUUGGUCAUGGCGAAAAGAUGGGAAUAAGAGUUGCGAGUUGGAUCGGAAAAACGCUCGAGAUUUAA